AGUUCAUUAAACGCGCUAGGUACUUACAUCAUGUUUUAUUUAAAACUUGUUAUCAUUAAAAUAAUUUUUUUAUGUAUACUUAUUGAAAAUGUAAAAACUGCAAGAAUACUAGGAGUGUUUCCAAUAGCUGGUAAAAGUUUGAAUAUCCUUAGCAGCAGGUUAAUGAAGGGACUGGCUGAUGCUGGACAUGAUGUGACUGCAAUCAGUGCUUUUGAUAAUAAGUUUAAAAUUGCAAACAAUGGAUCGUAUAGGAAUGUGGUUUUGACUGGAUUCAGCGAAAAAUAUGACGCUCUUAUGGAUCAAUCUGACUUCUAUUCGUCAGUUGAAAAAAAUUCCCUAUGGGCAUCCUAUGAGAUCCAUGAAAUGCUCAUCUCUUUUUACAACGAAACAUUCAGACAUCCAAAUGUUCAAAAUUUUUUGAAAGAAGAUCAGACAUUCGAUUUGGUCAUUAUUGAGUGUCUGUGGAGCGACUCUCUUCUAGUAUUUCAAGAAAUCUACAAUUGCCCCUUAGCAAUUUUCGUCCAUACCGGAGGUGUAAAUCCAUGGGCGUAUGAAAUGGUUGGAAACCCUUUGCCAAUAUCAUAUGUUCCACAUUACUGGCUCUUAACAGAUGGAGCAAAUGCUUUAACCUUUUUUGAAAGGUUGCAUAAUUUGUUAUUUUUUUUGUUUGAUCAUGUCCAGAACUAUUUUAUAUCAUGGCCCGAUCAUAAUGAAAUACUGAAAUCAGUAUUACCAAACUUAAAAACAGAUGUAGCUAAGCUCUAUUAUGGUACUCCUUCACUGAUACUACUUGGAACUCACAAUAGCUUAAGGCAACCAGUACCCAUGGCACCAAAUAUGAUCGAAAUUGGUGGAUUCCAUAUUAACCCACCAAAAUCUCUACCUAAUGAUUUGCAAGAGUUUUUGGAUAAUGCGAAAGAGGGGGUUAUUUAUUUCAGCAUGGGAUCUCAUUUACUAAGCAAGAGCUUCAGUGAAGAGAAAAAGAAGUUAUUUUUGAACGCAUUUCGGAAGUUGAAAGUUAAAGUUUUAUGGAAGUUUGAAGAUGAAGUAUUACCUGGAAAACCUGAUAAUGUUUUUAUCAAGAAAUGGGUUCCACAACAGGAUAUUUUAGCUCACCCGAAUGUGAAACUAUUCAUUACUCAUGGAGGCUAUGGUAGUACCUUAGAAACUGUGUAUCAUGGAGUUCCAACGUUAGUAAUCCCAGUAUUUUUCGACCAAUUCACCAACGCAAACAGAGCAGUACUGAAAGGAUAUGGCCUUAAAUUAUCUUUCAACGAUCCAAACUUUACCGAAGAAGUAUUUUCAGCUAAGAUAGAAGAAUUAAUUAGUAAUCCUAAAUAUAUGCGGCAAGCAAAAUAUGUGUCGCAAGUGUUCCAUGACAGACCCAUGAAACCAUUAGAAACUUUGGUGUAUUGGGUUGAGUAUGUGAUAAGGCAUAAAGGGGCUGAUCAUUUGAAGCUAGGUGGAGCUCAAUUGCCAUGGUAUAAGUUUUACAUGGUUGAUGUUAUUGUGUUCUUAGUAUUAAUUAUUUUAGCAACACCUUAUUUAAUGAUAAAAACUUUUAAAAAGAUUGUUUGUAAAAGUAAAGCUAGAAAACAAAAAAAGAAUUGACGGAAUUAUUUUGUAAUUUUAUAUUUUUUGUGAUAUUUUUGUUUAUUAUUAUAAUUCUAUUAAUGAA